AUGUCGCACAAGGAGGAGGAGACGAGGGCGGCGGAGGGCGAGAAGCUGACGCUGCGGGUGCGAGACAAGUCGAAUGGGUACGUGCCGCUGCGGCUGCCGAUGUACCCCGUCGCCGAGCCGGGCGAGGUUGGCGGGCUGACUGAUGAGGAGCCGGGGGGCGUGAGCGAGGCGGAGAGGGAGGGCAGGCUUUGCGCGCCGGCGCCGGCGGAGGAGAGCCAGCUCUCGGAGACAGCGGAGGAGACUCGGGCGGAUCGCGAGGGGAGGAGCGGCGAGGGGGCGGAGCAGGGCGUGGUGGCGGCGCAGCUGCCGAGCAUUCUCUUUGAGCGCGCGCAGCGGUCGCAGGCCGGAGGAGCGGACGAGACGGAGACAGCAGCGCCCAUUGAGAAGGCGGGAGGGCUCGGCGUCUGCCGCAGCGGCGGCGAGGGCGAGACGCUUGCCGUCGGCGAGACGUCUUCAGUCGGCCGGCUGAGGCUGGAGCUGCUGCAGCGCUACUUCGUCAGGAGCCGCGAGGAGGGCCAGUUCUCCCCGCUCGGCGAGGGCGCCGCCGCGUACCGCGUGCCUGUCGACGUGGCGUCUGCCGUUGUGGCGCUGCGCUCGCCGGGCGCAAAGGUGGACGACGGCUCGGCGUGUGGCUGGCCUCCGCUCCACCUGGCGCUGCUGCGGGGCGAGUCACACCUGCAGGUGGUGCAGCUGCUGCUCGCCUCUGGUUGCAACGCGACCGACCCGCCCGCGCGGCUCGAAUACGCCACUCCGCUGAUGCUUUGCGCCGAGGGUCAGCUGGGCCAGGCGGCAGAGCUGCUGCUGCUCUGUUUGCCCCCGAGCCAGCUCGAGGCUGCUGCAAACGAGGGCGUCCCCCUCGUCUCGGUCUGCGCGCAGUGGGCAUCCGACGAGGCAGCGGCCAAGGUCAUGGCGGCGCGCUCGGGCAACGCGGCGACGGCGGCGGCGAUCGCGCAGCUGGCGGCGAAGGCGACGCGUCUCCCCUUUGGCCAGCCGCCGGUGGUUCGAAGAGCGACCCGUCGAGGCCGCGGCGGGAAGAACAAGAGCUGA